AAAAAAAAAUAUAUCACAUCUUCACCUUCUUCACACUUCCCAUAACUUCUCACCUUCCCUACAACUACCUCCUUACUUCCUGGACCUCCAACGUCCAAGAUAACAUGACGGCUCCGUCACCCACUCUCGGCGAGCUUCUCAAAUACGUCGGAGACCUCAGAAAAAACGUUAACGCCGAUGAAACGCCGGCGCAUAGUGUUGUAGAAAUGAGUGAAACUAGCAACGAGCCUCGAUCAUUACCGUUUGUUCUAUCGUUUAACAAUCUAACGUAUAGUGUGAAAAUACGAACCAAGAUGAGAAUUCCGGCGGGUUUUGGACCUUUUGGUGGCCAGAAUGGGUUAUCCGGCGGUGCUCCGGCGACUUCAGCGGAGGCUGUUGGUGGAGAGAGGUUGUUCUCACGGCAUAAGACUUUGUUGAAUGAUAUUUCCGGUGAAGCGAGAGACGGUGAGAUACUUGCGGUGCUCGGUGCAAGUGGGUCGGGGAAAUCGACGUUAAUCGAUGCGUUAGCGAACCGAAUUGCGAAAGGAAGCUUGAAAGGUACGGUGACUUUGAAUGGUGAACAGUUGGAGUCCAGAUUGUUGAAGGUGAUUUCGGCUUAUGUGAUGCAAGAUGAUCUAUUGUUUCCGAUGUUAACGGUGGAGGAAACUUUGAUGUUUGCAGCCGAGUUUCGGCUGCCUCGAUCGCUAUCGAAAGCGAAAAAGAAGUUGAGAGUUGAAGCUUUGAUUGAUCAGUUAGGGCUUCGAAACGCCGCCAAAACUGUUAUUGGUGACGAGGGACAUAGAGGCGUUUCGGGUGGCGAACGAAGGCGUGUGUCGAUUGGUAUCGAUAUUAUUCACGAUCCGAUUAUAUUGUUGUUGGAUGAACCGACUUCCGGGCUAGAUUCGACGAGUGCGUAUAUGGUGGUGAAGGUGUUGCAACGUAUUGCUCAAAGUGGAAGUAUUGUUAUAAUGUCUAUACACCAACCGAGUUACCGGAUUCUUGGUUUACUCGAUCGGUUGUUGUUUUUGUCGCGUGGACAGACGGUUUAUAGUGGUUCGCCGUCGAAUCUACCUUUGUACUUCUCGGAUUUCGGUCAUCCGAUACCAGAUAAAGAAAACCGGACCGAAUUCGCACUUGAUUUGAUUAGAGAGCUUGAAGGAUCGCCAGGUGGAACCAAAAGCCUAGUUGAAUUCAACAAAUCCUGGCAAAACCUCAAGCGGUCUCGAAACAAAAUGGGUACCGGUACUGGUAAUGACACACCAGCACAUGGCUUAUCGCUCAAAGAAGCGAUAAGUGCAAGUAUCUCAAGAGGCAAAUUAGUCUCUGGUGCGGGGGCCACCAAUGACAUCAACCAUAGUCCAUUGGUCCCUACAUUUGCUAAUUCAAUGUGGAUGGAAAUGGCCGUUUUAUCAAAACGGUCAUUUACCAAUUCACGACGAAUGCCUGAGCUAUUCGGCAUUCGUUUAGGCGCGGUGGUGGUCACGGGGUUCAUACUCGCGACAAUGUUUUGGAAUCUCGAUAAUUCUCCAAAAGGCGUUCAAGAACGGUUAGGGUUCUUCGCGUUCGCCAUGUCUACAACGUUCUACACAUGUGCGGACGCAUUACCCGUCUUCCUUCAAGAACGUUACAUCUUCAUGAGAGAAACCGCUUACAACGCGUAUAGACGAUCAUCAUACGUCCUCUCUCACUCCAUCGUCGCCAUUCCAUCUCUUAUCUUCCUCUCUUUCGCAUUUUCCGCAAUCACAUUUUGGACCGUGGGACUCGAUGGGGGGUUCUCGGGGUUCCUGUUCUACUACUUCAUAAUUCUCGCCUCUUUCUGGGCCGGAAGCUCGUUCGUCACAUUCCUCUCGGGCGUGGUCCCUCACGUCAUGCUCGGAUACACAAUCGUGGUCGCGAUCCUCGCUUACUUCCUUUUGUUCAGCGGCUUCUUCAUCAACCGCGAUAGAAUCCCUGACUACUGGAUAUGGUUUCAUUACCUUUCACUUGUGAAAUACCCGUAUGAAGCGGUUUUACAAAACGAAUUCCAAAACCCGAUCAAAUGCUUCAGUCGAGGAACUCAGAUCUUCGACAACAGCCCUCUUGCCGAAAUUGAUGACUCCAUGAAAGUAAGGCUGCUACAAAGCAUGAGUAAAUCACUAGGAUUCAACAUCACCAGCAGCACCUGCUUGACCACCGGCGCCGAUAUACUACAACAACAGGGAAUCACUGAUCUGAGCAAAUGGGGCUGCUUGUGGAUAACAGUUGCAUGGGGGUUCUUCUUCAGGAUCUUGUUCUACUUCUGCUUGUUGCUAGGAAGCAAGAAUAAGAGAAGGUAAAGUGUAAAAAGUGUUGGAAAUUUUAUCUACUUGUAUGAAAAUUUUUUAGGUUUGUAAUUGUAUUAAUUACUUUUAUUAUUUUUGCAAUAUGUAUGUAUUGAGAAUAAUAAUUAAACUUGGUUUGUUUGGAAA